AUGUGCACGUCGCAGCCUGCUCCUACCUCCAGGAUUAAACAGUCUGAGAAAGCUACUAAAGCGGCCAGGUCCAGUGCAACCAGCUCACUACUCCCCAGACGGGAACGGCGACCAGCCCGCCAAAUCUCGACGCUGAACCCAAGCAAGUUGGUUCCCGGAGACUACAUAGAAGUCGCCGACGGCUCCGCCUCAUUCGUGGUUGCAGUUCACGGAGUGGAUGUCAAAAGCGUCGUAGUAAAUCCCCAGUGGUACGACAGCGCCACGCGAAGCAUCAACACUAGCCCCUUUCCCCCAAACACCAGAGGAUUCCUCUACCUCCAUCGCCCAGACCGAAGUUGCAUCACGAGCGGCCUGCGUUUCCGCCUCGUCGACAAACCUGACCCGACUUUGUUCGAUCAGGGCAAGGACCUCCUGAGGCCGGAUGGCAAGCCAUGGUUCCUACCACUGGUGGCGAUAGUCAAGAGAAACUGCUACACGACCCUCCGCGAAUUGGUUAUCCGCAGCAAACUCGUCAGCGAAACCGAACUCGCGUUGCUGAAGAGCUUGGACGGAGAGAACAUGAAAUCAGGAGCGGUCCUGCUUGGCAGUAUAACACAACCAUUCGAACGCGACCUGUCACGGCUGGGGCUCCCCAUCCGUGUCCAGGAAGGAGAUAAAAUUCACCGCUUCGCUAUAAAUCGGCCACGGGGUUUACACGGUGCCAGAGGUUCAGUUCUGGUUCAAUUGGAGCUGGCUUAUCGACAAAUCCCAUCCGCUCCCCCGAAGCCUUUCGUCGUUAUGCGCAUUUUGAAGUUCCUUGAUCCACCAAAGUAUGACGGACCACUCACCCAGGAAGAGGGCAAGUUAAUUAGACGCCUGUCUUCGGUCGGCGAGCCUUUCAUCUGGGCGGCCUCUCCUUCAACGCUGCCACCUCCGUGUCUGAAAGCCUUGGAGCAGGCGUACCCUCCCCAUCCUUCACGCAUAUACAAACCAUCACGGCGCCAAGGCCAGCGACUGUCUGUGGUGCUUGCGGCCAGUGAUUUCAAUUAA